AUGAACGCCGCAACCAAUCUGACCUGGCUGCUGAAGGCCCGGUCGCGAGUGCUCGGCACGCGACCAGCAAAGUUGGCGUCGACGUCGACGUCGGCGUCGACGUCCAGAUCGCCAAUCCGCCUGCGCAGCCGACCUGGUCGGACAAUGUCGAUGACGGCGAGUCGACGCUCCACUCGACAUGCGUCGCCGUUGUCGCGCCGCUCCACCGCCUCGUCCGACAGUCUCGUCCGCUCCAGCCGUCUGGCCAGACUCGGUCUCGGUCUCGGCCUCGGCCAACGCUCGUCGCCACGACGACGCAGUCGAUCUCCAGGCGCCGGGCUGCCUUGGUCGUUGGAGAAAUGCGACGUGUGUCAGGCCAACUUCACCGAGUACUCGUUGCCGUUUCAUGCCGGCGUGUGCCAACGUCGACGAACCCACGAAGAGGACACGAUUCGAGCCCACGUCCGUCAGCAACUGCGCGACAGCCAGCCACCCAGACGACCGCCGGGCACCGUGUGCCACAUUUGCGGACGUCGGUUCACCACGGCCUCGUGGCCGAAGCAUGAGCCGAUCUGCCUGAACAAGUGGAUCCAGUGGAACUCGAGGAUGCCGCGUGGACACCAACGCUCGACGAAGCCGACGCGACCACAACCGACGGAAGAUCAGUUGGCCGACAUGGUCGAGGCGGCGCUCAAGUCGGGUCGGCUGGAAUACACUCGAGAGCAUGCACUGGACGACGUCUUCCUCGACGCCAGUCGCCGCAACGAACUCAACUGGGACGUGUUUGGGUAG